ACAUAAAUCGGGUCAAAGCUUAGUUUGACUGGUUUUACUGUGUCUCAUAGGGAUUGUGAUACAUUUAAGAUUGGUUGUGAAUCAGUCUCAAAUUAUUUCGUGCUUCCCACGUGUAGACCCCAUGUAACUUCCUUUUGCAACUAACAUGGCACCUAAGAAGAAGGAGUCAACAAAGAAGGCAGCCGCUAAGGCCGCCCCCAAGACGAAGGCUGCGGCGAGUGGUGACCAGCCAAAGGCUGUCGCCAAGGCAACCCAGGCCAAGAAGAAUGUGCUGAAGGGUGUGCACCAGAAGAGGAGCAAGAAGGUGCGCACAUCUGUGCACUUCAAGAGACCCAAGACUCUGGAGCUGAGACGCAAGCCCAAAUACCCGCGGAAGAGUGUCCCACGGUCACCAAAGUUGGACCAGUUCCGAAUCAUCAAGUUCCCCCUGACCACUGAAUCAGCCAUGAAGAAGAUUGAGGACACCAACACGCUCGUCUUCAUUGUCGACAAGAGGGCCAACAAGCCUCAAAUCAGGGUCGCUGUCAAGAAACUGUACGACAUUGAGGUGUCCAAGGUCAACACACUCAUCAGACCUGAUGGUGAGAAGAAGGCGUAUGUACGAUUGGCAGCAGAUUAUGAUGCAUUGGACGUUGCUAACAAGAUUGGCAUCAUAUAGACUGUUUGCUGCUUAUUGUAUAUAAAAAAUAAAGAGAAAAAACACA